CCAGAUUAGAUUUUCUCCCUCGCUCUGGGUGCAGGUUAUAGAGAUUGCAAACCAGGCCUAAUGUGUAAUUUUCGUAAAAUAUAAACUAUGACAUGUCAGUUACAUAGCUAGAAGUAGUGCUAAUAAUUGGAAAGGAAUAUAUCGACAGGUUGGGCGUGGUUGAAAAAGCCGUUAAAUUUCAUUAGAGCUGGCAAAGGACAAAGUUUAACGUUCAGACUCGAGCCAGAGGUCAUCUGAAACCAGCACAACAUUACCAGCUCUGACAUGGACAGUGAGGAUGACCUGGACAUUUUGACAGCCCUGCUGGCAGAGAGCGAGAACGUUGGAGAAGAACACGACAGCCAGGAGCAGACAGACGACUUGGAUGACCUGUUUGACAAUGAAGAGGAGGAGGACGAGUACAAAGAGGGUGUUGAGGAGGAAGAGCAAGAUGCGGGGGCAGAAGCCUCAGGGUCGGAUCUAUUUGGAGAUGUGGAUGAUAUUGAAAAUGAAGAGAAAGACACUAAAGGAAACGAAAGCGGAGGAGAAGUCCCUGAGAGCCUGGACAGGUCCAAGGAGGAUUUACAAGAGGAGCUGAGGCGCAUGCAGGAGCAGAUGCAGCGGUUGCAGCAGCAGCUGGAAGCAAGCCAGAAGGUUUCCACCUCAUCUUUCACUCCAGCUACAACUGCAGGGAAAUCAGCAGGUCCCAAACCAGUGACCCCCAAACCGACACCUCCUCGACAGCCAACCUCCAAACUGAUCCCGGCAAAACUAGCCUCUACCACACAAAAGGCCAAGACACAAGCAGCAACAUCUUCAUCCACUCCAGUCAGAGGAGAAAAUGUGAAGCUCCAGGAGUCCUCUGACUUUUUUGAUCAGCUGAAUAAUGCGGACUCCUUUAAACGCAAACCCAGGGUAGCUCACCACCCAAAACCCAGCACAUCACCAGGAGACAGAGGGCCACUGGUGGAGAUUAAGAUUGGCAGCUCCUUCCAGCCAGAAGAGACCACCAGCAAGGUUCCUCUGCGUUCACCCCCACCCUCCCAGAGCAGACCUGCACCAGCUGCAUCUGCAGGACAGCCUAAACCUUCCUGUCUUCCUCCUCUUCCUAAAGAUGUGGCUAUUGAGAAAUACUCAGGACUGCGUCUCAGAAACCCCCGCGUUUCAUCCAACGAGAUGGACCGCAAGAUGACUGACCGCCGCGUGAUCCGUCUGUCGCAGGUGCCGGAGCGUUUGGCUCGGGAGAAGCUGGAGGACAGCGACUGGGUGACCUUCGCGGUGCUGGUCAACAAGGUCACGCCACAAAGCAGCAGCAGUGGCAAAACCUUUAGCAUCUGGAAGCUGAAUGACCUCCAUAACCUGGAAGUGUUUGUGUCGCUGCUCCUGUUCGGCGAAGUCCAUAAAGAGCACUGGAAGACGGAGCUGGGCACCGUCAUCGGAAUCCUCAACCCAAACCCCAUGAAGCAGAAAGAUGGAUAUGACGGGGUGAGCCUGACGGUCGAUCACCCACAGAAGGUGUUGCUGAUGGGUGAAGCUCAGGACUACGGCACCUGCAAGGGUAUGAAGAGGAACGGAGACCCCUGCUCUCAGAUUGUCAACAUGUAUGAGUGCCAGUUUUGUCAGUACCACGUCAAGGCCCAGUAUAAGAAGAUGAGCUCGAAGAGGGCCGAGCUGCAGUCGUCGUUUUCUGGAAAAGCUCCCAACAAGGUGAAGGGGAAGGGCGGCAGCCUGAGAGAGCGGCUGUGUCAGGACGGUUUCUACUACGGCGGUGUGUCCUCGGCCGCCUGCGCCUCAUCACUAACGGCAUCCAAAUCGAACAAACCUACCCAGAAGACUCUGGACAAGCUGUUUGUGAAAGGCUCGGCUCAGCUUGUCGAUCAGGCCAAGAGGCUGGCUGUGCAGUCCGGUGAAGUUUCAGGUUGUUCAAAUGAAUUUAAGAGCCUGCUGUCAGCGCCAACACCUGGAGCUCUGCAGCUGAAGAAGCACUUAGCACGGGGCAGCCAGUCAGUCUCAAAAGAUGCAGCUGGAGCUCCAGUUCAGUCCAUCACUGCCGCAGACCUGCUGAAGCAGCAGAAACAGAAGCAGCGGGAGUUUCUGCAGAACCGCCGACGGAGGGCAGACGAGAUCCAGAAGAGGGUGCUGCAGAGCUCAGCUCGCCCCGGACCCGGGUCGUCAUCCUCACUGAGCCGGGUUGGUCUGAUGUCCCCGAAAGCAGCUUCUGAGGUCCCCAAGGCCACCCAAAGCCCAGCAGCUCCCCACACCCCCACCCUGGGGCGAGGCUUCUCCGAGGGUGACGACAUCCUCUUCUUUGACAGCAGUCCACCCCCGGCACCAGCCGCCAGCGCUCUCAGCCUAUCUGCCACCAAGCUGGCUGCUCUGAAGAAGCUGAGAGCCAAAGGGGCGGGGCUUGAAAAGGAAGACCCCAACGCUGUGAAGAGGAAAAGGAGUAACGAGAGCGAGAUCAGCGCCCGAGUGGAGAAGAAUCUGACCUCACCAACGGGUGAAUCAACCAAUGAGGAUGAGGAACCGGCCCAGAAGAAGAAGCGAGAUCAACUCCUCUACAUCCAGUCAGAGGAGUUUCAAAAGAUCUUGAACGCCAAAUCUCUCCACGGGGCUGUACUACAAGCGGCGGAGUACCAACUGCAAGAGCGCUACUUUGAUGCCCUGGUGAAGAAGGAGCAGUUGGAGGAGAAGAUGAAGGGCAUCAGAGAGAUGAAAUGUCGCGCUGUUACCUGUAAAAAGUGUAGUUACACCUACUUCAAGCCGGCGGAUCGUUGUGUGGAGCAGAAUCAUGAUCUGCGGUGGCACGAUGCUAUGAAACGUUUCUUCAAAUGUCCCUGUGGACAGAGAGCCAUCGCUCUAGACAGACUGCCCAACAAACACUGCAGUAACUGUGGUCUGUUUAAGUGGGAGCGUGAUGGAAUGCUGAAGGAGAAAGCUGGACCAAAGAUCGGUGGAGAGCUUCUCCAGCCUCGAGGAGAGGAGCACGGAAAGUUCCUCAGCAGCAUGAAGUGAUUGCACCAAGCUGGUUGUUGAGGAAACGUUUGUUUUUAUUUUUGUAAUAUAAGUGUUUUUGUAGCAUUUUUUGCAUUUUGUAAGAAUAAUGUUUUUUUAGUUUUCUUAUGAAUUAUGGAUAUUUGAAUGUCUGUGAUAAUAUUGGAUCUGCUGGAAAUAAGAUGAUUAAAGUAAUAAUUUGCAAUAGCUGAGCAUA